GUGGCAGUCGUCGCUCCGGGGGCAUUGGAAACGGUGCAGGAUGGCAGCCAAGCGCAGCAAGACGGAUGAGAAGCCCGAGGCCGAGGAUGGGGCGGCUCGUGUGUUUCCCUUGAUCAAGGAAGUGCGCGCUUUUGUGCAACACAAGAAGGAGGGGGAUCAGGGUGCCGAUUGUCACGACGUGGAUGAUGGUCACUGGAUCAAUGGCAACCCUACUCCCAUUGCCCAUCCCAUGUCGGGCUAUGACCUGUAUGCAGCACGCCGCAAGUCCUGGGGCAUCAAUGCUUUGGGCAGCAUCGUGGUUGAGGUUGAGGCCGAUGAUGGCACUGUGGGUGUGGGUGUCUCCAUCGGCGGCGAGCCAGCUUGCUUCAUUGUUGAGAAUCACCUUUCUCGGUUUGUCGAAGGUCAAGAUCCUCGCGAUGUCGAACUCAUGUGGGAUCAGAUGUUCCGCGCCACUGUCAACUACGGCCGCAAGGGUCUGCCAGUGCAGGCGCUGAGUGCCGUUGAUCUCGCCAUCUGGGAUCUCCUGGGCAAGCUUCGCAACGAGCCCGUCUACGCUCUGAUUGGUGGCAAAACAAAGGAUCGCCUUCCCGUCUACUGCACGUCUUCAGAUCCGGUGGCCUCGAAGCGCCUUGGAUUUGUCGGAGGCAAGGUCCCCUGUCCUUAUGGACCGUCCGCUGGGGACGAGGGCCUGCGCAAAAAUGUCGAGUUCUUUAAGAACUGGCGCGAGGCAGUCGGCCCCGAUUACCCUUUGAUGUUGGACUGCUACAUGUCCCUCACCGUGCCCUACGCCACCAAGCUCGGCAAGGCCCUGGAACCCUACAACCUCAAGUGGAUUGAGGAGUGCAUGCAGCCUGAUGACUACGAUGGCUACGAGCAGCUCAAGCGCAACCUUGAGGGCACUGGCAUCAUGGUGACAACGGCCGAGCACGAGUACACGCGAUACGGCUAUCGUGAACUCAUCAAGCGUCGCGCUGCUGAUAUCCUCCAGCCGGAUAUCACCUGGCUGGGUGGUCUGACCGAGGCCAAGCGCAUUGUUGCCAUGGCAUCCGCCUACGAUAUCCUCGUCAUCCCCCAUGGCUCCAGCAUUUACUCGUACCAUCUGCAGUUUGCCUUUACCAAUUGUCCCCUGGCCGAGUACAUCAACCUCUCCCCAAAAUCAGACCAGAUCGUCCCCUACUUUGGUGGAUUGUUCCCGGAUGAGCCUCUGCCCAAGGAUGGGUUUGUCGAGCUGCCCACAAAGCCUGGCUUUGGCGUCACACUCAAGCGUGACAACCUUCACCGCCCUUAUCCGCGAUCGGAAAAGGAGUGCCAAGCCAAUUACAAACGCAACGUCGAGCGCCCUAUUCCCAAAAAGGCCCACCUGCCAUUUUAACGGCUGCACGCAGACCUCAUCAAAUGCCAACAGCAACCAAGCAGCUGGCAAAAGUGGACCCCAUUCUCGCUCUAAUCGCUGCUCUUCUUUCUCAAGCCAAUUCAAGAAAGAAUGGUCAUCAAGUCACUUCCAACUCGCCGAAUCAGAUCUUGGCAAUGGCCGCUCGCUUAGUGGGUGGCUCACCGUUGGUUGAGUCCUCGUCGGUCGGAGUCAGGGCGUGAACGCCCACAGAAGCGGUGCCGCACGGCGGCGCAAUGUUAGCGGUGAGAGCGGGGGCAUUGUUGAUACCAGAAGCCGCGCCCAACGGUGUGUUUGAG